GAGAGCGGGGGGGCUCUGGGGACCGCGGGGGCAGGGGGGCUGCGGAGCCGGGGGCCGGGAGGGCUGCCCGUGCCUCCGCAGCCCCCACUGCUGCUCCCAGGUACUCCUGCACCGAGGGGGAGAGCCGGCAGCUCUGGUCGUCGAGAUAUCAUUUCCGGUCCUGCCGGGACGUGGCCUUCGCUGUGGGGCCGUGGGGCAGCCCUGGAGCUGUGGGUCCAAGGGGCUGACAUGUCUCCGCAGAGCUUUUCACUGUGGCCAAGGACAAGGCUGUCCACGUCCUGACGGUGGAGAAGCAACAGCUGGAAACACACAUCCCCAAGGCCCACGGGUGGGUCUGUGCUCCGUUACCCUUCCCUGCCAGCUGGGGCCAUGGAGCGUGGAGCAUUGUCCCCAGAGCUCUGGGCAUCGCUUGCCUGCAGCGUGAGCUGUGACAGCGCUGGAGCAGGGUCUCCGCAGCUCGGCCGUCAACUGCGUGCUGCCCAUUGAUGACCACCUCUUUGCCACCGGUGAUGACAAUGGAAUGCUGAAGGUGUGGGAUCUGCAGAAGGGGGAUGCCAUCCUGGAGGCUCGGCAGCAGGAGGAGUAUAUCAGCGUGAUGGCCAUGAAUGCUAACAGGAAGACCCUGCUGACCAUCAGUGGAAAUGGCACACUGUGUGUCUUCAGUGUGAAGAGGCAGUGUUUUGAGCUGGUCUCAGAGCCACAGAACAGGGACCUGACCUCUGUCGCGCUGCUGACAGUUGGAAGGGACCGCAAAGCCCAUCCAGUUCCACCCUCUUCCGUGGGGAGGGAUAACUGCCACUGGAUCCAGCACAUGGCUCCUGGCAAGCCAACCAGAAGGUGAAGUUCUGGGGUGCCUCAACAUUGGUGGGACUGGUGGUGGAUGACUACUGCAAGAAGAAGAAGGGUGGCCCACUAUGGGCGCUGAGCGGGAAGGCGGCAGGCAGCAGGCAGGACUUCUUCGCCAGACUGCGUGACGUGGAGGAGUUGGAGGGGAGUGACAGCAAUGAUAGUGAUGGUGGUGGGGGCUGAGGGGUGGUGUCUUGGACAGGAUAGACAGUGUUUAUGGGGCAGCAGAGGCGUCCAGGGCAGCCCUGGAGUUGGGAGGAGGUUGGGGUGGUGUGGCUGAGGGUCU